AUGGUCAAAGGGCACAUCAUGGAAUUUGUCCCGGAGAGUGUGAGGGUGGCGCUACAGUUACCACCAUCCGAAGAGGACCCUCAGUCAUACACUCACAGGGUCAACACUGACCAACGGUUGAAUCAAUUGACCACAUCUAUAGGGGAGCUGAUAUCAUCAGUUGAUCAGCUGAGGCUAGAGCACCUGGAUCAUUUUGCUCUCUUCUACCAGAUGAUGGAGCAGCAGCCACUAUCACCAAGGUUUGGUUUUGGUAGCAUUGAGGUUAUUGGUAUAUGUUUAGCUUUCCCUUUUGUCUUGCUUGAGGAAGGCCAAGUGAGAGCUGGAAGAAUUGAGGGACUCUUAAGUGAUCUGAAAUUGAUAUUUUUCGAUUUUAGGUUAGGAAGGUUUGUUGAAGGAGAUGUGGAUUCUUGGCAUGAUAUGUGUAGAAAAUUAAGGGUGUUUUAUGAUUUAAAUAGUCAGAAAGGGGAGUUAGACGAACUAAUCGAAAGGCAUAAAAGUAUAUUUAUCGAUUAUACAGAAGAAGAAUUAGUUAAUAAAGUGGAUUAUUUCUGUAGAUUUAGUGUGAAGAAGGAAGAAGUGGCUCAGUUGAUUUUACAAUGCCCGAAAAUAUUGAAACUGGAUCUGGAGAAACCGGUAUUCAAUGUAAUGAAGCUGUUGACACACUUUGGCCUUAGCACUGAAGAUAUGAAGGAAGUAAGUCGAAGUUAUGGUCAUGUUAUGGGAACAAAUAAAAUGGCUAAUCUUCCUAAUGUAAUGAAGGCUUUAGGCUUACAAGAGUGGUUCUUGAAGAAAAUCAAGGAUGGAAAUCAUAUGUUGUUAGUAGAUUAUAUCAGAAGAUAUCCUAAAGAAGAACAGGAUCUAGAUUAUCAAGAAGGUUUAAGGAUAAUUAGAAUUUUAAAAACAUGGGUUCAUAAUAUCGGUAAAUUAAAUUUCUUGCUUGGCUUGGGCUUUGGAGAAAAUACUUUGUCCAUAAACCUUUUGAAUCAUCUUCAUGGCACUAGUACUACACAAAAGAUUCGAUUGUCUCAUACGUUCAAAGAUUGA